AUGUCUCUCGCCGUGGAGGACGACCGUCGGAGAGACCGCUCGAGAUCGAGGUCCACGUCUCGUGACCGGCGUCCCAGAGGUGAACCCGGGCGCCCAGGCCUGACCAGGUUUGCCGACGUGCGAGAACCCAGCCAUGUCCAUCCCGAGGACGACCUGGCCGAUGGGUACACGUCUCGAGGCUACCGCGACUCGGCCCAUGGCGGGGGAUUGCCCUACCCUUCCGAGGGCGGCAUGGAUACUAUGCUCCCCGGAAGCCAAUCGCUCUACAGCUACGAUGAUACGCGACCUGUUUACAAGACGGCCUCCCCGCCGAGGGAAUCGUCUCAUCGUGGCUCGCGCGAAAACCCCAGCCUGCUGCCCGGGUCGUUCCCAGACGCCGAGCGCUUGGCGAGGGACGACGACAAGGAGCGCCGUGUGCGCUAUACGGACCCCAGGGAUUCCAAGCAUGAGAGGCGGAACAGGUCAGACGACGGCCACCAUGACCUGCGCGCUCGGCGGUCUCACAAGUAUGCGCGGCAAGAUGAGGGCCCUGGUAUCCGCAACCCCUCUCCUGCCAGAGAAAAGUCGCGAGACUCGCGAGAUGACACUGCAGACGACAAGCUCAAGUUUCUCCCGCAAAAGUACGGUCGUCGCUACGAUGCUGACGACGCCAGUGGCAAUCGCGACGACAGGUAUUCCGAGCGCCACAAGGACAGGACGAGUGGCCGCGACCGAAGGUCCAACAAGGAGCGCGACCAAGACGAUUUAGCCUACGGCAAACCUCCAGGGCCGUCUCGCUAUCAGAGAUCUGAAUCGCCCCCUACAUAUGGCAGCUAUAUUUCCGGCUCUCGAGUCAGCGACAAGCGCUCCUCAAAUUAUGGCCGAGACGAAGACGAUGGCCGCCGACCAAGACCAGCCAGCCCGCUCGAGGAUGUCUACGACGCUCAAAAAUCUCGCCACGCGCCUUCAUACCGAGAUGACUCUCGCGGUUCCGCCAACGUCUUGACCGUUGAACCUGGCAGCCGCGACGGAGACGGACCACGCGAUCGCCGGAGAGAUAAGUCUCCCGGCCCGUCGACCCUCGCUCCGGAGGCCAGUCGCAAAGACAGAGACCGGUCAAGGGACCGAUCAAAAGACCGUCGCGGCGGCGGCGCGCGCGACAGGUCCCCCAGGCCGCCUACAAGCCUCAUGUCCAGCCUUGCCGUCGACACCGGCCGCUCAAGCGGCCUGUCCCUCGCCACCGCGCCGGCCUCCCCGCUCCUCGAGUCGUACAGGGGCACGUAUCAAGACUGCUCGCCCAUGCCGUCCCCUCUCCUCAUCGCCUCCAAAGACGCCAGCAGUGACCCCGAGGCCAUCGAGGAGGCCCUCUCCCCGCUCGACUCGGACGCCGACGGUCCCGACGGCACGAGGCGCCCCCGCCGCGCGCGCUUCCACGACCCAAAAGACAUCGCCGCGACGCUCGCCCAGGCCCUCAGGGGGAACGGACCCCCGGACACCCGGCCUCUCGUCGAGAUCCUCCCCAGCCUCACGCACGACCAGGUCAUGGAGCUGCGCAGCGAAUACAAGCGCAUCGUGAAGACGGGCUCCGACCGCAAGGGCGUCAACAUCGCCAAGCACAUCCGCGCGCGCCUCAAAGACGAGGACCCCAGCCUCAUGAAGGCCUGCUACGCCGUCGCCCUGGGCAAGUGGGAGUCGGAGGCGUACUGGGCCAACUUCUGGUACCAGGGCGACAAGACGCGCCGCGAGCUGCUCGUCGAGUCCCUCAUGGGCAGGACCAACGACGAAAUCCGCCGCAUCAAGCAGUCCUUCACCGACAAGAAGUACGACAACAGCCUCGCCCAGUGCAUGAGGGUGGAGCUCAAGGAGGACAAGUUCAAGAGGGCGGUCCUCACGGUCCUCGACGAGCGCCGCAUGGACGACCUCGACGCCUACGGCCGCGCGGUCCCCGUCGACUACCGCCUCGUCGACCAGGACGUGGACGACCUCCGCAGGGCGGUCAGGGCCGAAAAGGGCGGCGAGAGCGCCAUGAUUGCCGUCGUCGUCACCAGGAGCGACACCCACCUCCGGCUCGUGCUGCAGGAGUACGAGCGCCGCUACCGCGCCAACUUUGCGCGCGAGGCGCUCAAGAAGAGCGGCAAUCUGGUCGGCGAGGUGCUGGCCCACGUCCUCAACGGCGUCAUCAACAGGCCCGUCCGCGACGCGCUCCUGCUCAGCCACGCGCUCACGGCGUCGCGCAGGGACCGUCUCCGCCGGGAGCUGCUCAUUUCGAGACUGGUCCGCUUCCACUGGGACCCGGCGCACAUGCAGGCCGUCAAGAGGUCGUACAGGGAGCGGUACGGCGUCGACUUGCAGGACGCCGUGCGGGAGGGCACCAGCGGCCAAUGGGGCCGGUUCUGCAGGGAGCUGUGCAUCGCGAGGAUGCCAGACGACGUGAGGAGGGUCGAGAGGGUGGAAGUCAUUCGAUGA